AUUGUUGCCUUGCGUUGUCUAACGAAGGAGGUUAUAGAUCAAACGUCUUUCCAGUAAAAGUCAUGAAGUGUUUGGAGUUUGUGUCAUAGACACUGGAAGUUGCGUCAGGAUCCGCCGCUUUUCGCGCUAUUUUUCGUGAAAAAGUGAAGUCUAUCCGACCCUAGCAAUGCAAAAAGCUUACGCAAUAUUUGAAUAACCAUCUUUAUGAAUGAAAAACAUCCGAGAUUCCUGUGUCCAGUGUUGCAUUUCUAAACCGUCCUGCACAUCGAUGCCGCUUUCAUUUCACAUCUUCUAUCGAAGCUCUCCACAGUCAGCUAUGGCCGGUGUCCGCGCAGCGAUGGUGGUGGUGGUGGCCAUGGCGGCACUCGCCGCCGGCUCUGGCAUCCCGCCGCCGCCUCCGCCGCAGUACAACGGCGUCUGUCCGGUGCCCGACGGCCCCACCACCUGCGACGUCCUGUGCUACAGCGACAAGGACUGCUCGUACGGCCAGCAGUGCUGCCAGUUCGGCUGCAGCCGCCGCUGCCUGCCCGUCUGCCAGUACCCGUGCGGGCCCAACCAGCAGUGUCGCCUGGUCGGCAACCAGGCGCAGUGCGUCACCAUCGACCCGUGCGCCAACCACCCGUGCCCCUACGGCAAGAAGUGUAUCAUCGGCUACGGCGGCCGUCCGCGCUGCGUCUGAGCACCGCGUCCGCACCGGCCCGGGCCGCGCGCGCGCCAACUCUGAUAUACCCGUCUGUGCCGUCUGUGCGCUCUGAGCUGUUCGGGAUAACGGCCCUUGUUUGUAAUUGUUUUAUGUUUUUUUCGGAAACGAGGGGUUUGAGCUAAAAAAACAAUUUCUCGAAAAUACAUGUUUAUUGGCUCUACUA